ACAAAGRGGAAAAAAGGGCWCCUCUUUGAUUCUGCAAAAUAACCCAAGAAUAUAUUUAUUGUUUUCGGAAAUAAGUGUGCAAUAACUGUAAUAUAUUUUCAACAUGCCGACGGUAGUGCUGCUUGACGUAUCAUUAUCAAUGAUGAGGCAAARUCAAACUCCUGACGACCAAGAGCUUGUCCAGCGUCGCCAUCUUGCCUGUCAUGGWCUYUAUGCUUUGUUUGAUUACCUGAGCAGCAAAUUCAAYCUUGAGUUCACGGCUCUUGUUGCAUUCUCCUCGCUAUGGGAGAUAGUUGUUCCGUUUACAAGGGAUUAUGAGCUGCUUAAACAAGGUUGUAUGUCYGUAGAUGUCUAUGAUAAGACGUGUUUUGAGAACGCUUUCACGGGUGUGGCCGGACACGUGGUAGAAGAGUGGGGAUCAUCAAUCCCUAUUCAAGUGAUAUUAGUAACUGAUGGUUCAAUUGGUUCUGGUUAUGGAUCACUCACUGACCUUCUUGAUGGGACAGGAGAAAAAAUGACUGAUAGCCCUUGCCCAUUGCCAUUUCCCUUUCCAAGCAAACUUCAUGUUGUAUGCAUAAGUACGCAAUCAGAAAUUGCAAGUAACUUAAUGCUGUUUCAGCAACUCUGUGAUAUGAAUGGAGGAGGYGGCAGUCUUUARGUACCUGAUGCACCUUUGUCCGUGCAGACGGUGGAGAACUGUUUUACAAGACUUGCACAGACACACUACAUGAGCUAUGAAGGUGUCUUGAGCUGUGGUCAUUUACYYUCUAAUAUCACAUUAUCACCACCACCAGAUUUCUCCAUUUCCUGGAAUAUCACUCUAGCACAAUAUCGCAAACCAAAACAACAUUCAAAGUCUUGUAGAUUUCCUAAUGAAAUCAAAAUCUGUGGUUUCCUGGACGUCCUUGAUGCUAGCAGCCCGCCCUGUGUUUCCAGACAUUUAGUGAUUCCAGUAAAUAGCCAAACCAAUGGCAAAACUGAGGAAGGUGCAAAAGAACAGGAGGAUGAUGGGAAGAUGCCYUCAUUCUGUGUUUUGUUACAUGGAAGUUUGAAAGUGGAGAAGAUGAUUGCUAUUGCUCAACUUGACACAGACUGGUUUGGUUACCUACAAUCAUGGGCAGACAGUAAGAAAAAGUCAAACCUUGUCCUUGCAACCUUCCCUCCUGGCGUCCAGAUUUCAUGGUUAGGGAACUUAAAGAGACUUGGCCCUUCAGGUGAGAUGAAUGUCAAUCCWUACAAACUUGGACAAGAUGAAGAAACUGAAGAGACGCCAUUCCCUGUGCCACCUUCACAACGACGAAGCUAUAAUACUCAAGCAAAUGUUGCUUGGAUCAAACCKAGUGGACUUCAGUCUGAUGUACAGAAACUACUCCGUUAUGCCAAGAGAGUCCCAGAUAAACAGGCUCAAUUUUUCAAGGAACUCAACAGACUACGCCGUGCUGCUCUAUCAUUUUGUUUUCUUGACCUACUGGAAGCUCUUGCAACUGUGCUGGAGAAAGAGUGUGCAAAGGUCAGCCCCGAUGCAGUGAUACAGUUGCAACAUGCUGCUGCAUGUUUGCGCUCUGCACAUUACCAUGAACUCAAUAACUCUAUAUCACCAACACUUGAGUAAAAAACAAUGACUGCAACAAGUCCCUGUUGUGGGGUUGGUUGCAUGAAUGGUGAAUGGUGCUAUCUACUGGAUAAAUGCUUAAGUUAUACAGUGUAGAACUCUGUACAAAAUAUUUGCAGUGGAUUAAAAGUGAGCCAGUUGGCCAAAGAAAACAUUAUGCUAUCCAUUGGAUAAAUAAACUUAUUUUUUAAAAGCA